UAAAAUAAUGCAUAACAAAGAGUGUCUGGGACUUUACUGUGAAACUGUCAUCAAAUGAUUAUGUGUCAAGAUGAAAAAUGACAAACUUUAUCGGAAUUCAGAUCAUGCAAAAUCUCGACAUGUUCUUAGACUUCAGAUCUUGUGAUCCAAACAUAAAGACUAUAAAAACAAGUCUUAGUAGAUCAGCGUGAAAAAGAUAAUCAUCAUCAUUUCAGUCUAGUUCCAGGGCAGCUCUGUGUCACGAUGCCCUUAAAGUUCUUUAUCUGUAAAGCUUAGACUGAGCUUUGUUUGUGCAAAGGGGGAGGGGCUCCUGUUUAAAACGCCUCCAGAGCAAAGUCUAAAGUGAAAGUGGAAACAUAGACGGUUUGAAGUCAGAGCGCACCCGAAGAAAAACAUGCUUGAAGAACAAAUACACUGAUUCUUUUCUCUUCAACAUGGCCGCACCAAACACUCUGAGGAUCACUCUGCUGGGGAAAACUGGAGUCGGGAAAAGCAGUCUGGGAAACACCAUAUUAGGAAAUGAUGCGUUCACAGUCAAACAGUUCGUCAAGUCUGAGCCCAGUAUCUGUAAAGCCCGGUCUGGGUUUGUUCAUGGAAGAAACAUCACUGUGGUGGACACUCCAGGCUUCUUUUGCACAGAGGGCUCUGAAGAGGAGCUGAAGCAGGAGAUCCUGAGGUGUACCACAGAGUGCGCUCCUGGGCCCCAUGCUUUUCUGCUUGUCUUUAAAACAGAAAAAUUCACAGAGCAGGAGGAAGAGGUCAUAGCAAAGAUAGAGGAGUAUUUCUCUGCAGAGGUUUUCAAGUUCUGUGUCAUUGUUUUCACGCACGGCGAUGAGUUAACUGACAACACCAGGAUCGAGACGUACAUCUCCCAAAACAAACGCCUGAGCAGCCUGCUGGAGAAGUGCGGCGGACGCUGUCAUGUGGUCGACAACAAAUACUGGAACCAGAACCAGCAGGAUGAAUACAGGAACAACCAGAAGCAGGUGGAAGGACUGAUCCAAACGAUAGAAGAGGUUGUGAGACAAGCUGGAGGAGGAUGCUACACCACAGAGAUGAUUCAAACCUGUCAAAGAAAACAAAACCCAUCAGUGAAAAGAUUAUUUUAUUACAUAAUCAAGUUCAUGAGGAGAUACCCAAUAAGAGUGUUUCUUGGUGUUGUCAUGGUCAUAGGUGUGAUCUUUAAUUACAGAAGAAGGUCUUUACAGAUCACACAGAAUCAUAAAUAAAACAGCACUUAUCUUCUGCACCUUCAUUUAAAGGCUAUCAUAUCACUUUCUGCCUCUGACUAAACAAUUAUUUCAGUCAGAGAAAACAGAUUUUAAAUAUUUUUGUUUUUAACAUUAAUUAGAUUUUUUUCUAGCUUCAAAACUUUUAUUUCUGCUAAAAAUUUAAAUAUGUUUGGUAUUAUUUCUCUGGUGUUUGUUCUAUGCAAUCUUUUAUUUUUAGUGAAAAUAUUCUGAUUAAGAACUGGAUUAUUUGACUGCUGCUUCUGAACAUAGUUUUAACCAAUUGUCUUUUUUUGGUAUGAAUUUUCUUUAAUCUCUAAAGUGCUACUCUAGAAGAAAAUAUUUGUGUUCACUGAUUCAAUCAGAAUUCUUCAUUAAAAUUUGUUGAAUAUC